AUGCAAAAGAAAAAAAGACCAUAUAUAAACAAUUCAACUACAACUUAUUGUUAUAAAUAUGAUUUACAUGAAAAAUUUACAGUAGUAACAAAGAAGACAAAUUCUCUUACAAAUUUUUUUAGACUCAUUAUUUUAGAUAAUAAUGAUGAAAUUAAUAAUGAAACUGCUUCUUUUAUUAGAAUGUAUAGUGAAUAUAAUGAAAACGAUAAAAUAAAUAAGAGUAAUGAAACAAGUGAGAAUCGUGAAAUGGGUAACUAUAACAAAAUAAUAGAAAGACAUUAUGAAAUAAUGGGUAGACAUGAUAAAAUAAUGGAUAAAUAUGAUGAAGUAAAUAGUGAAAUAAGUAGACAUGUAGAAAUAAAUAGUGAAAUGAGUGAAUAUAACAAAACAGAAGGUAGAUAUGAUGAAAUUGAUAAUGAGAUAGGUAAAAACAGUAAG